UGCAAACAGUUGCUUGUUACAAGGCGUGUAUAGAUGUAUUAUAAUAACGCGAGUGUAUAAUACAACCGCGUUUUGUGGAAGGAGGAGAGACCGUCCUCGGCUGCGACCAGACCCGGUACGCACGGUGGCGUCGGCGGCCAGUUACUCCGGCACCGCUCUUCUACGUGUGUCAUCGUCGUCCUCGUCGUCGUCAUUGUCCCCUCGGCGUCGUUUCGUUUCCUCGUCGGCUCGACGCGUACCACAUAUUCGUUAAAUAGUGCUGCGGCCACCGGUCGUCAGAGAUCCCUGAGCACGGAACACGAUCGCGGUACCAGGACGAUUGUCGCAGGACCACCAUCGCACGGCGCCUAUCUCGUCCAUUCCCUAGACAGUAAGCAAAAUGCGCGGUUCGGCAGCUCCAAUCCGCCAUCAUGUUCGUACGCGAAAACUCGGCGGCCUGAAAACAUUAUGGUCGGUCCGUUAAAUCACGUACGUGUCGAGAAACCUAGUUCCGUCGAACGGAAAGUCCAUCGCCGUCAUGUGGAAAUAAUGUACGAGCGGUAGCGAACACUAUUAAACAGGGAUGGCUGCGUUCAUCGGGAUUGGUGUGCUCAGGCACAUGUUGUACCGGCUGGUGUUCUGGGCGGCCAUACUGCUGUGCCUCACGCAGCUGCUGAUCACGUUGUGGCGGUCGGACCGGCCGAUGGCGGCGAUGAAGUCGACCAACGUGAACACGCGGACGAUCCUGCAGAACAUGAUGGACUUUCACGUGGCGCGCACCACGACGCCGCCGUACGAAAGCCUGCUGACGGUGGAGCCGUGGGUGGACAAGGGGUUGGCGCAGUCGGAGCAGCUGAUCAUGGACCAGGUGCAGAGGCGGUUGCCCAACCUGCCGGUGUCGUACUGGAACGAGAACAAGAACAAGCUGAUGUACUACAAGAACGAGAGCUGCGCGAGGUUCCCUAGCAUCUACGAGCUGGAGUUCAACAACGUGUACUGGCAGUCGCUGCACACCACCAACGGGUCGUUUCACCUGUUCAGCGCGUAUUAUGACGUGCGAAAGUACAGCCGGAUCGGGCCGGCCGUGCGCAUACUGGGCAUGAUUAACCGGAUCGAGCCGGUGGUGCGCACGCACUGCCAGUUCUGGUUCGACGGCUACCGGCAGCCGGUGAUCGUCAAGACGAUGGAAUACAAGUACAUAUGGUAUAAGAAGUGGGGCAACUACAAGCAGGGCAUCUUCCAGCCGUACUUGAUCGCGUGCCAGGUUCCCAAGUCGCACCAUCACGCGGUGCCCGCGUCCGUGUCGCUGGUGGAGAACGUGUGCGACCGGGCCACCAACAACCUGCGCGUGGUCUACGACCGACCGGUCGUCAAGAAGGACUUCGCGGUGUGCGUCAAGGGCCUGGACUUCCUGUACGAGGACCUCUCCGUCCGGCUGGUCGAGUGGAUCGAGCUGCUGCAUCUGUUGGGCGCCGACAAGAUAUUCUUCUACCAGCUGCAGGUGCACCCGAACAUCAGCAAAGUGCUCGAGCACUACGAGGCCAAGGGCAUGGUGCACGUACAACCGCUCACGUUGCCUGGUGGCCAGCCCAACGUUCCCGGGUUCCAGCACCUGUACCUGACCAAGAAGGUGAACCACAAGCGCCAGAACGAGCUGAUACCGUACAACGAUUGCCUGUACCGCAACCUGUACUCAUACAACUACAUCGCGCUGCUGGACAUCGACGAGGUGAUUAUGCCGAUCAAGUCACGCACGUGGAAGGAGCUCAUGGACGUGGUGCUGGUCAAGGCGCUAGCCAAGCGCAACGAGACCCGGGCCUCGUAUAACGUGCGCAACGUGUACUUCCUCGACGACCUAAUACACGAGCACGGCUGGUUCAAAACCAUGCCCAGGUACAUGCACAUGCUGCAACACGUGUACCGCAGCCAGAACUACACGAAACCCAACCAGUACGUCAAGUGCUUCCACAACCCGGAGCGUGCGCUCACUCUGCACAAUCACUUCCCGCUGGCGUGCCUCGGCCAAGCGUGCACGUCGUAUCCGAUCGAGACGGAGGACGCGCACUUGCAGCACUACCGGGCCGACUGCGUCAAGACGCUGAAGAAGACGUGCACCGAGUUCCGGCAGAACAGCGUCAUGGACACGACCAUCUGGAGGUACAAGAGACAGCUCAUAUCCAAGGUGUCCAACACGUUGUCGUUGCUGGGUUUCUUCCCCACCCUGAUCUGACCCUCGCGAUCCGCAGCAGUGCCGAUCCGCGUCAGCUUUCACCGUAACAACAACAACAACAUCAGCGCUCGCGGGUCAGCACCUUGCGGUCCUCGAACGAUUAGUGUUUACGAAACACCUUCGGCCGCAAAUCGACCCGAACUGGCCCGCUCGCGCGAAAGGUGUCCUGACGAUCACUUUCAGUGCUAUACUUCAACAGUUUCCAGGAUUUACGUUUCAAACACGUUUAUUGUUUCUUUUUUUGCACGUUUCUCCGAUCGAUUUUUGAACAAAUCUCGAUCGAUAAUAAACGCUUUCGUACCUCGGAAUCCGGUGUCCAGGACGGUCGGAGGUGGGGAAGUGACCAAAUCCCAACACUUUUGAAACAAUUUUAUAAUCACGUUUAUGUAACACGUACACAUCCGUACAAAUGUGCACGACUAGAAACGAGUGUCGAGUACCCGUGCGAGAGCUAUCGAAACCAUUCGUAUUUUCUUCGGCCGUCGAUAUUUAUAGAUUUUCAAGAUCUCGCUUGUACGCUCGUAUAUCCGUGUACGUAAAUUUCGACGACGUAUCGUUUACUUACAUUGUAUACGAAAUAGUUUCGUAACCAAAUAGCUUCUUUGUUCAAUAGCAAUCUCGAAUUAACUUUUUGAGUUCGUUACACAUUUUUAAAAAAUCUUCUAUCUCACAGAUGAUAAUGACCGUGAUAAUUUCUAUAUUACAUAUUCUUAGAACAUUACUUAAUGUAUUUUUUUUUUAUGAAUCGUGUUUAGCUAUAAUAGAUAAAUAUUGAAAUAUAUUAUUUAUUUUACGAUAUCACCCAGUGUCCUCGUGAAAAAUACAUUUAUUGAAAGGCAACCGACCUGCUAUCGAUCACUGUGUGCCCGCUCAAUGUAGACAUUAUAUAGGCUUAGAAUUACAAGCUGAAAAUAAUUUUCAAUGUUUUAUAAAAUUAUAUAUCUACGUUUAAACACCUAUCCCUUUUCUCCCUAGGGAGUUUUAAAUCGUUAGCACCCCGAGAUCGAUUUGUUAACAAUACAAUAAUUAACUAUACGUUAACAGUUCAAUUAUAAUUACUAUACUUAAACGGGUAGAAAAUUAUGAUGUUCAUAUUAAUAAGUAUGUAAUGUUAAGGUAGUUAAAAUAUUGGUUAAGCCCCAAAGAUAAAUAAACAUUAUAGACUGAUACAUCAAUUGCCACUAAAUGUAUUAUGUCCAAAACAAAGAAAACAAUUAGAAUUAUACCGUAUUCAGUGGCGAAACUUGGUGGGCUAGAGAUUGUGACCCCAUACAAAUAUAUAGUUAACUCAACUUUACCUCGUUCUCCCCGCCAAAUAUCUUCAAACUUCAAAUUGUUUUUAAAUGUAUACUCCCUCCCUCCGAAAAUAAUUCCUGGUUACGACACUGACUGUAUUGUAUACUUUUUGGUAAAAUUAAUAAUUAUUGUUAUGUUUGGAAUCACUUACGUAUAAGUACAACUCUUAUUGUAUACAUAUUUUAUAUUCUAGUAUUAUUAUAGUUUCCUCAUAGUUUAUAAUAUAUUGUUCACUUGUUUAACACGACUAAUAAUGCUCAGUAGUGUGUUAACAAAAUUAAUUUGUAUACUCUUCAACCGCAAGAGGUAAGGAUUCUUGAUGAUUCGGAAGGAAAUGAAUUCCUCUUGAAAUUGCCAUUUAUAUACAUUAUAUCAACACAACUCGGAGACUGUCGGUAAACCAAAUUGUUAACAGUCCCCUUCAAAUUCGAAUUAUCAAGAAUCCACUGUACUCACUAUUUGUGAUAUGGUUGUAUAAUGUAUAACACACUUAUACAUAUAAGUAGGUAUAUUAUAUGUAGUAUACGUUCAUGCUGAACGAUAUUCAGACGUUUGCCAAUUAAUAUAAUAUACAUAUUAUUUAUAUGUCGAUAAAGUAUCUUCUAUAAACUGAUUCGUUUGAUGUAAAUAUUAUAUAGUAUACAUAUUAUGUUAUUUUUUCAUCUAGAAUAUGAUUAUUGUGUAAAA